GUUCGUCCGCUGCCGCCUUCUGCGCGCUUCGUGAAGCAGCACUUCUUUCGCUUCUUCAUUGUAUGCGUUCUUCUAGGCCCCGCUCUGUUUCUGGCACUGGACCUCGCAGUGGCGCCGCCGAAGAGCCCGCCAGAGUGGAGACGAUGGCUGGAGAAGCUCAAGUAUGCCUCCAUUCCGGUGGUUUCCGUCUGCUUCACCUGGUGGCACGUCUGGCUGGGCAUUCAGAUGUGUUGGUAUCCCAUCGAAUUCUGGGGACGUCCCCCCUGCCUUGGCUGGCAGGGGAUCGUGCCCCGAAGGGCGCGGAUCAUGGCCGAGAGAUCAUGCGACCUGAUGAUUGGCAACUUAGUCACCAUCGAGGAGCUGGUUGACCGUAUCCACCCCGAAGACUUCUUUGGACAGCUUGGCCCAACCCUAGGGACGUGCAGCACAGCGGUGCUGAAGCGUCUGGCCGAAAAGCACUGCCCACAGGUCUGGGCCCAGCUUCCGGACUCGGUCCGGCAGGAGCUGAACGCCAAGGUCAUGGAACAGAGUGUGCUCAUGUUCCGGCCAGUGAUUGAAGACCUGAAGCAGAAUGUGACCAAAAUCUUCGACAUCAAGCAGAUGGCCGUGGAAGCGCUCAUCGAAGACAAGGCGCUUCUUGUCUCCAUGUUCCAGGACAUCUCGCAGAAGGAGUUCACCUUUGUGCUACGUGUUGCAGCUGUGAUGGGCUUCAUUCUUGGUCUUGUGCAGAUGGGCGUGUGGAGAUACAUCCAUGUUUGGUGGAGCCUCCCCGUCACUGGGCUUGUCAUCGGCUACUUUACCAACUGGCUGGCCAUCACGAUGAUCUUCCGGCCAGUGCAGCCGCACAUCGUUUGCUGCGGUUAUGUGAACUGCCAGGGGGUGUUCCUCAAGCGACAGCAGGAGGUGUCCAGGGAGCUGGCCACAAUGAUCUCAACGAAGCUGAUCCAUGCGGAGAGGAUUCUCUCCUACGUGGUGAAGUCUGAAGGCUUUCAGCAAGUGCUCGACAUCUACCAGACGCACAUGGACCAUGCAGUCGACCAGGUCUUGGGCCGCACCUCGCGCGUGCUCCCCGCCUUCGUCGGCAGGGACGCCGUGCGCGGCAUCAAGGAGGAGGUGGCGCAGUUCACCCUUGAG